CGGAAUCGACGUUGUAAAUUUCUUCAUGUGAGCGGCCUGUGUAAAUAAACUAAAAAACUUAUAUGUGUGCAUAUUACAUAUAUGUAUGUAGUUACAUACAUAUGCUUCUCUUUUGGAUACAACGGAUGUGUGUGGGCAUUUUAAUUGCCUUGCUCGCCAUCUCAGCAUUUGGAGAACAGUAGCUGUUAUAUCCGUAAAAUAUUUGUACCAAUGAUGAUUAUAAAAAUAGUACGAAUCCGUUUCCCAAACCAAUUCGAAGAUCUCGAAAAUCACAUAAAUAUACUAAUGCAUAUCCUUUUGUGAAUACAUAUGCGAAAAAUAAGGUUCGUGAAAAUAAUAAUGUUUAAUAUACAUUAUGUAGUUGAAUGACGUACAUACAUAAGUAUAAAGGAUAAUUUUGCAUAAAGUGAAGAAGCAUAAUAAUAAAUACUAAAGAUUAAAAAAGUGAAAUUAUGCAUUUACAUGUACAUAAGCAUGUACUUAGUAUAUUAAUCUAUAUAGUGCCGAAAUACGGGAUUGUAAUAAAAAAUUAUAGUGGAAAUUAAUGUAAACAUUAUUAAUUAAAAUUAAUUUAAAAAGUACAUACAUGAAAGUGGCAUAUAAAAGGAUUAAUAUGAAAGCCCUAUGCAAAUAAUGUAACCAUAGUAAACUCAACUAUAAAUUCAAAAUGUUACCACAACUUCUACCGGAAAAACGGGAAGAUAGCAAGACUGAAAAUUCAUUCACAAGAGGAAAUAUAAAAGACGCCAGCAGCAAAUGGCGGCUUUGGUGUCCAUUCCAUCUAUACACUGCGCUUAGCUGGCUAAGUUUGCGAACUUCUCGCCUUACGAAUCGCCGUAUUAUGCCCAAUGUAUAUUUGUUAAUUCUGCUGUUAAUGGUGUUACCCCCACCGAUACUGGCUCAGCAACAGAAGUUCAGAGUAACCCCAUAUGAUCUACAAGUAUUAGAAGGUGCGGAAGCUAUGAUGCGCUGCGAAGUAUCUAAUAAAGCAGGCGCUGUGCAAUGGACAAAAGACGGGUUUGCACUAGGGUUCUCAGCUGUUAUUCCUGGGUUUCCACGUUAUUCGGUGCUGGGUGAUCGAAAUCAAGGUGUAUAUAAUCUACGAAUAUCGAAUGCGUCUAUUACUGACGAUGCGGAGUAUCAGUGCCAAGUGGGACCAGCACGUCUUCACUCAGCCAUACGAGCAAAUGCAAAGUUAACAGUCAUAGCACCACCUGGCUAUAUUGAAAUACAAGGCUAUACUCAGAAUUCGAAAGUAGAGGUAAGGGAAAAUCAAGAUUUAUCAUUGAACUGUGUUGUUGGAAAUGCAAAGCCAGCCGCACAAAUCAUCUGGUUUCGUGGGAACGUGGAAUAUAAAGAAGGUCGUGUUGAUAAAAUUGAAGAGACUUCCCCAAAACGCUACACUACAAAAUCGACAUUAAAUAUAAAACCAAGUGCAGAUGAUGAUUUUAUGGAAUAUACCUGUCAAGCGAAGCAUAAAGCGUUGCCUCCGGAUAUGCCGUUGCGGUCGACCGUUCAGCUUUCCGUUCUCUAUCCACCAGGCCCUCCAUAUAUCGAGGGUUAUACUCAAGGCGAGAUUCUGCGAAGGGGUCAAACAGUAGAGUUGGUGUGUCGGAGUAGAGGCGGAAAUCCACCAGCGCAAUUAAUUUGGUAUAAGAAUGGUUCUCAAAUCCGAAUGGCUUACAGGACUGCCGGACGAUUGUCUGAAAAUAUCUACACCUUUACAGCAGAAGCGAGCGAUAAUAAUGCACGUUUUCGUUGCGAAGCCAGUAACGUAAUGUCACAGAAUCCUUUGAAAGCAGAAAUAGACAUAACUGUACUUUUUGCUCCGACACAUGUAUCUAUUGCGGGACCUUCUGAAGCGCGUGUGGGGGACGUGGUAUCACUAACAUGUACAACUGCACCGUCCAAUCCACCAGCGGAAAUAAAAUGGAUGGUCGGCGGGCGUCAAAUUCGAAAUGCCACUUCAAAGACAAACGUCAGCUCUGAAGGUGGAUGGGUUACUGUUUCCAACAUAACUACAACUGUUGAACCCAAUAAAAGAUCUCUUGUAGUAAUUUGUCAUGGACUCAACAUGCAGUUAACAGAGAACGUUGUCUCAACACAUACAGUAAAUAUUUUGUAUCCCCCUUCUUCUCCCAUAAUUUCUGGCUAUAUGGAAGGACAAAUUAUACCGGCCGGUUCUGUGCAAAAACUGCUUUGUGUCUCUUCAGGUGGAAACCCCUUAGCUACCCUCACUUGGUACAAGAACGAUAAGAGAGUUAACUCCGUGAUACGCACAGCUGAUAAGUCUGUCUCUGCUGAGAUAACGAUUUUAGCGAAUGUAACUGAUAACCAAGCGCAAUAUCGCUGCGAGGCAUCCAAUAGUGCUACAGAGAUUCCUCUUUUCGAAAGCACUAUUUUAAGCGUUCAUUUUGCGCCCGAAAUUGUUAAAAUUCGUGUUGAACCUGAAGUUUUAAAACCUGGUAUGGAAGCUGCAAUAAUUUGUGAUUCGAGUUCAAGCAAUCCUCCAGCAAAACUCACUUGGUGGAAGGAUGGUAUUCCAAUCGAUGGGAUAAAUAAUUCGUCCAAACCAGGAUUAUGGGGAGGCACGGUCUCGACUCUGGAAUUCAAAGUGAACGUUUCUCAGGAAAUGAAUGGUGUGGUUUAUACAUGUCAGAGUGCCAACGAAGCAUUACAACGCAGUGUACACGAAGCAGUUAACUUAAACAUAUUAUAUCCACCAGUGUUUUUACCACCACCAUCAUCAACUGCUGUAGGAGUUGAAGGAGAAUCUCUACAAGUAUCCCUUAGCGCUACAGCUAAUCCAGCGACAGUUUUGUAUAGUUGGACAAAGGAUGGAUUACCAGUACCUUCAACUUCUAUUAUCAAUGGUCGUGCAGAGCAUCGUAUUUACGCAGACGGAGCUAAUCUUAACUUCACAAAACUGAAUCGAAAUGACGCUGGAAUUUAUGUAUGUGAAGCCAGUAAUUCAGAAGGCUCUGCAAAGCUCAAUAUUACUAUUGUAGUAGAAUAUGGUACUACCAUUACAGCUAUAUCAGAAAAUGUUGUAGUAAAUCCUGGCGAAGAUGCGAUGCUAUCAUGUACAGUAGAAGGGAAACCAUUAACCGAGGAGCACAUUAAAUGGGAGAGAGUUGCUUAUGAUAUGACAGUGAAAACUACGACUUCGUUUGUGAAUAAUACUUCAUAUCUUCACAUAAAAGACUCACGGCGGGAGGAUGUUGGUAACUUUCGCUGUAUUGCAGACAAUCGUGUUGCUAAUCCCACAAAUCGCGAUGUUCUUCUAAUUGUCAAAUUUCCACCCGAAAUCGAUAAAUCGCCAACAUUAUUACGUGCAGCAAGUGGAACUGGAGAACGUGGACGUUUGCCUUGUCGAGCCCAAGCUGCUCCAAAACCAAAAUUCACCUGGCGUCAGGAAGGAAAGGAUUUGCAAAUGAAUCAUACAUAUAAGUAUGAAGUUGAUGAAAAGAAAAUCGAUUCACUAACCUAUGAAUCUACGUUGAUAAUUGAAAAAGUCGCUCCAGCUGAUUACGGAGUUUAUGAAUGUGUCGCAACGAAUGAACUAGGCCAAACUACGGAAUUAAUUCGAUUGGAUAUCACCUCCCAGCCAGAUAUGCCACUUAGUUUGAACAUAUUGAAUAUUACACAUGAUAGCGUUUCUUUAGCAUGGACACCGGGAUUUGACGGAGGAUUGAAAGCUUCCUACAGAGUUCGAUACAGAGAGGCGAACCGAGAACAAUACAAAUAUAUCGACAGCUUACCAAAUAGCCACAAGUUGACCAUCAGUGGGUUAAAAACCAACACACUGUACUUAUUUUCGGUGAUGGCAUUCAAUGAUUUGGGAAACAGUAAAUAUUUACCCGAUUUACAACGUGCACAAACCAAAGAAGCUCCACCACCUUCGCAACCAGCCUCAUCGUUAGGAGGUCCACCGACGACUACCUCAACACCAUUGGGAGGAACUUCUGGUUUACUUCUUUUAGUAGGCGUCGUUUCAGGUGUCACGGUAGUUUUAUUAAAUGUUUUCAUUAUCGGAUGUUGCCUGCACAAACGAAACCAAAAACGACUUAAGCGAGGAUUGGAAAUAUCAACUGAAGAAUUAACUGAAGAUUCAAGUACUCCCAGCCUUGUUAUAUUGGGAAUAUCAAUGUCAGCGUUUGGAUUUUUGAUAGUCAAUGCUGCUUUAGUCGCUUGGUUCUUUGUUCACAAUCGACGCAAGAAAGCUGAGAAUGAUAACCAGCCAGGCAAAACAGCAACAAUCGAAAUGUAUGCUCCAAGUUCCUACAACGAUACAGUUACCGGUGAAACAUUAUCAAGUGUUUCCGAAAAGAGUGAAUCAUACUCAAAUGAUGGCAGUCAGAUUGAAUAUACAGAUGAGGCACGAAAAAAGGCAGCUUCGACAUAUUUGGUAGAAAGCAGCGAUAUGCCACCUCCUCGUUAUCAGAAAGAUGGUACUAUGCCGAUAGUCUAUCCAAGUAACAUAGUCAAUGCUCGAACAUUACCACAUCCUCGGCACCACAGUAAUGUCACAAAUAUAUUAGAUCACCGAGCACACGAUGAUCAAAUCCUUAUUAACAAAGGCGUCUACAUUCCGUCCCCUUCGCCAGCGCCGCCACCUGAUGGUUCAUAUUAUAAUAUGAAUAGUGACAGAUAUCUUUCAUAUCCGCCUAUGGAUUAUCCUCCUCAACUAGAUUUUGCAUCGCCUCCAUUACCAAUGGCACAUCUUCAACCGAUUACGCAGGCAUCUAUAAUAAGUAGUAAUGCCAUGAUUGGCAGUGGAAGCGGCACCCUUCGUAGAGGAAUUAUGCGUGGAGUUGUGGGAAUGCCGCCUCCCGAUGUUACUCAACUAACGAAUACUAGUUUGACUGGUGCUAGCAACAUCCAAUUGCUUCACGAACUGCAUCCAAUAAAUAUUUCAAAUAAUUCAUGCUCCACACAAACCACAAGCAUUACAGGUAACGGGAGUAUGAUGUCAACGAUUCCAAGCAGCACCUCCAAACAGCCUCAAAGUAUACUUAAGGAUCCAAAUAGGUGUAAACCACAGCAACAGAUAUUAAGUGCGAAUCUAGUUGGUGUGGGUGUACCAACUGCUUCAGGUAGUCUUCAAAUUCUCAAUAUUCCCACAUCUGCCGGUAUUAGUGGUAACCUUUUGAUGACCGCAAGCGGGACAUAUGAUCCGGCAAACCUUAGCACUUUCAAUGCUGCUACUGGUACAACAUUGGCAUACACCGAUGCCGAUGGACAUUUAGUAUAGCUGUAGGAGCGCACGGGAUUACCGAUGGAAAAUACGGUAGCCGUAAUUGUUGACCCUUCGGCUCCCUCUGUUGUCAGGUCCAACACUACACGUUACUGACAAAGAAAUACUCGUACAAUUGCACAGGUCAAAGUGAGAAAAUAUUGCAGAAAAUAGAAUAAUUAGGCAAGAGAAAAAGAUACUGAGUUUAACAAUAAGAUUAGAUUUAAGUUCAUUUAAUACAAAUAGCCUAAAUUAGUACUUACCAACGUAAAAGACCUGAUGCUGGAAAGGUUGCAUUACAAUAAUUAUAAGUAUAUAACAAGUACCCAACCAAAUAUCAUCACCAUUGAGUGAACUUCCCAAUAGCCAUAAACAAUUACGUGCAGACACCAUAGAAAAUUAUACGGUUUGCUGAAGGGGCUCACUUAUGAAUUAUUAUCCAUUUAGUUCUUGUGAGAAUAGCAUUACGUAAACAGAAAUUGAUAAUCGUUCUUUAUACUCUCACAAUAUGUUACACUGAGUGUAUUUGAUUACCAAACGGUUAUUUGUAAAUAAUCUAGAGAGAGUCGAUUUAAAUUCAGGACGUUCGUCUAUCCGUGCAAGCGAUAACUUGAGUGAAAAUGGAGAAAAUUGCAGAUUAGCAAAUUCGGAGCACUGUCAGCCUACAAAGUGCCUUUAAACGAUAUAAUAUAAAGUUCUGUAAUUAAGUUAUAAAUGAAGCUAUAUACCAGGUUGUUAAAUAAUUUUGUCGUUUGAUAAGAAAAACACAAUUUUAUUAAUCAAAAUACACCUUAUUAUUCAGUAUAAUAUCCCUGAACAUUAAUACACCUGCUUUGACGAUCCUCCAACCUGUGGUUCCCAUCCCUGAUGUGAGAAUCCGGAAGGUUUGCAAAAUACGCCUCAACAGCCGUUAUGACCUCUUCAUUUGAUGAAAAACGCUUGCCACGUAUACAUUUGUUGAGUUAUGGAAAUAAAUGGAAGUCGGGGCUAAAU